AAAGUACAUGGAAAUAAACUUAAUUAUUAAUUUUUCGUAAAACUUAUAUUCUUUAAUACUUGUUAACAAUACAUUAUUGGACGCAAAGUAUUGACUUACAAUGAACUUAAUUUUUAGAGAAGGAUGUCUUUUACUAAUUUUUCUUUUUGUAUUGAAAUAUCAACUUAUAUUGGCUCAAAAUAGGAUAGUAAAUGGAAAGGAGGCUAGAAUCUCAGAUCAUCCUUAUAUGGCACGUCUUGUGAUACCAAGAAUAAAUGGUUUUCCAGGCACUUGCGGUGCUUCAAUAAUUGGAAAAGAAUGGUUACUUACAGCUGCGCAUUGCUUUCAGGAUGGAAAUGUAGAUAAAAAAAAUGUAAUUGCUAUUACUGGAACUGGUCAUUUAAGAUUAUUCCCAGAAACUAGAGCGCAAUAUAAUAUAGCUGAAUUUAUUCUUAACAAAAAUUUUAUAGGUAUAGAAAAUACUACAGAUUUUAAUAAUAUCACAGCUAGAGGUGAUAUCGCUGUUCUUAAACUUGCAAAACCCAUAGAAUAUAACAGAUUUACACAACCAAUCAAGUUGCCAGAAAAGAAUCAACCCUUACCCGCAUCGGCAACAGUUGCAGGAUGGGGUGCUAUACAACCAGGUAAUAGUGUUGUAUUUGGUUUGCGAUCCGUUACUGUGCCAAAAAUAGACAUAGAAGCUUGCAAAAAAAAAUAUGCACAGAUUCCAGCGUACCUGGCAAAAUUAGAUGAAAUUUGUUAUUCACGACAAUUGGGUGGAGAAAAUUCCCAGGAUAAGUGUUCGGGCGAUUCUGGAGGACCACUUGUUUCUCCACAAAAAAUACAAAUUGGAAUAGUUUCUUGGGGUAUCGCAUGUGGAACGAGAGGAUAUCCUGGUGUUUACUCUAACGUUAUGUAUUACCGCGAUUGGAUCAAAGAAAAAACAGGAAUAUAAUUUAAAUAUCUUCAUUCAAUAUUCUUAACUUUAUUUAUUUCAACGAUCUAUUAGUAGUACUUAAAUAGAAAAUUGUUUUAAACAAAAAUUCCUUGAAAAUAAAAAUAAUGAAAAAUAAGAA